AUGCAUUCGAGCCACACCGAUGACCCCAAGGAAGCCAUACAGCUGAUCAAGAAGCAACUGGUGAAUGCCAUCAAGGCGUUGCAGAAGCAGUACGUGACCUCGGAUGCCGUUGUAACCAGCGACGAUGGGAACGCCAACACCCUCUGCAGCGCCCUGGAAGCCGUCUUCGUGCACGGGCUGAAGGCGAAGCACAUAAAAGCAGAGAGUGGGGGGAAAGGGAAGAAAGCAGGGGGUCGGGGACCGCUUCCCCAACCGGUCUUCUGGGGUCUGCUGAAGAGCAUCACCCAUCGAAAUAUUGUCUCGGAGCUGGAACAACUUAUCUUUAUCAAUACGGACGUCGGCCGCUGCCGAGCCUGGCUGAGGCUGGCUCUGAACGAUGGCCUCGUGGAAUGUUACUUGCAGCUCCUGCUGCGGGAGAAGUCCCGGCUGCCCGAAUACUACCAGGCGACCGCUCUGCUCUUAGAUGCCGAAGAAUGCGAGUUUCUCCUUAGCUACUUGCAGGGCUUAACGUCCUUAACCUUCGAGCUCUCCUAUAAAUCGGCGGUUUUGAACGAGUGGACUAUCACGCCUCUGUCCCUAUCGGGUUUGUGUCCUGUUUCGGAGCUGCUGGAGCCCCUCACGUCCUCGACAUCCGAACCCCGCAGAAAAGCAUCGCUGGGUUCGAUCUCCCAGUCAUCAGGCUCGGAUGAGAUCGAGAUUCAACCCUCCGUCCUACCCAUCGGCAAAGCCAGCAGCAAAAUCAAGCUCACGUCGUCCUCGUUGAGCCUUAACACCACGAGCUCGUCCCAGCUCUCUUCCAGCCUGGGCUCCGACAGCAUCCUCCCGCCGCACUGUGCCCGCAGUCCCGAGCGGAGCGAGGAGCCGCUCUCCUGCGACUCCGACCUGGGGACAGCCACCGCCGAGGACCUGGACAGGUCGCUGCAAGAGUGAGUCUUUUCCCAGAUCUCAUCUUCGAAGGGAUUUUUAACCCUCUCCUGGGUUAGCGGCAGUGAAGCAAGCCAGGCAGUCCGCAGCCCGACGACCGAAUACCUUCUUUCUCCGCUGUUGGGUUGUCCGAAAAGAAAGAGCUGGAUCUCGGAAGAUGAUUUCUACAGACCUUCUCCAGGAGACAGCGGCGAAAACACGGCUGACGCCAAUGGCUUUGGGCCGGAGGAGGCUGGCGAGGGUCCGGCCCCAGGGCUCAUUAGCGCUCUUGAUUUGGAAAGGCUGUCGGUGCCAUCCUCAGAGAGCGGGAAGCCCAAAAUGUCACCUGAACGAGAACAGAAGGGCUUCAGCGUUGUGCAUCGCAGGCAGAUGGGUCUUUCCAACCCUUUCCGAGGGCUCCUGAAGCUGGGCAGCCUGGAGCGGAGAGGAGCCAUGGGGAUAUGGAAGGAAUUUUCCUGCGAGCUGUCACCGCUGGAGCUCCGGCUCUUCCUGGACCACGAGGACCGCAUCUGUGUCGAGAGCUAUUCCCUGCUGCGGUGCGAGUCGCUGGCGCUGACGCACUCGGACGGCCGUUUCGAACUGGUUUUCUUGGGGAAGAAACUCUACCUACGAGCUCCUUCUCGAGACGAGGCCGAGGACUGGUUGGACAGGAUCCGCGAGGCGCUGCAGAAGUGCCGGCCUCAGCUGGAGGAGGAGGAGUGGGAGACGCUGGAGUAUCCAGAAGACGGUGGUGAAGGCCAGCCCGUCCAGAAUGACUCCGGUACUCUUCUCCAGUACAGCGACGUGCCUGGGAACAGCUUGGACUGGACUUCAGCUCAUGAACCGGAGCUGGAUGCAAUAAAAGAGGCUGUUCUCUAUGUGGACGUAGACAAAACUUGGGUCCCUUUUAUUUUUUCCCUGUCUCUAGAAACUUUAAAGUGCUUUAAAGUCAGAAACAACGACAAAAUUUUAAGCAACAGUUACGGUAUAGAAACCAUCCAGGACAUCCUUCCGGAUACGAGUCUCGGGGGACCUGCCUUCUUCAAGGUGAUCACCUCCAAAGCUGUCCUGAAGCUGCAGGCUGAGAACGCAGAAGAAGCGGCCUCAUGGAGGGAGCUGGUGCGAGGGGUGCUCAUGUCCUACCUGGAGAGCGCCGAGGAGGCGCUGACGCUGGGUGGCAGCUUGGAUGGACACUCCCAGGUCGUCCUGAAGAACAUUGUGAAGGAGAACGGCUUCUUGUUGCAAUACCUGGUGGCCAUCCCCAUGGAGAAGGGCCUGGAUUCGCAGAGCUUCAUCUGUGCAGGCUGCUCCAGGCAGAUCGGCUUCUCCUUCGCGAAGCCCAAGCUCUGCGCUUUCUCCGGUCUCUAUUACUGCGACAGCUGCCACCGGGACGAGGAGACGGUGAUUCCCUCGCGCCUCAUCCACAACUGGGAUCUGACGAAACGAGGGGUUUGCCGACAGGCUUUGAAGUUCCUCACCCAGAUCCGGAACCAGCCACUGAUCGACCUGAAACUGGUCAACGAGAGCCUCUACGACCACGUGGAGAGGAUGGGACGGAUCCGCCGGAGCAGGGAACAGCUGAAGUUGCUGGGAGAUUAUCUCAUCAUGUGCCGCAGUGGGGCCCUGAAGGAGCUAAGCAAGAGGCUGGAUCACAGGCACUACCUCUUGGAGUGUCCCCACAAAUACAGCAUCGCUGAUCUGAGGCAGAUAGCCGACGGCGUCUUUGAGACCUUCCUGCAGUCUCUGCUCCAGUUUGCUUCCCAUCACGUCUACAACUGCGACCUGUGCACCCAGCGCGGCUUCAUCUGCCAGAUCUGCAACAGCAACGACAUCAUUUUCCCCUUCGAGUUUGACACUACCACCAGGUGCAGCGAAUGCAAAACCGUCUUCCACCGGGACUGCCAAGCCCGUGCCAAGUCGUGUCCCCGCUGCGAGCGCCGGCAGAGGUACCAGCAAAAGCUGGAGGUGGAAGCCAGCGUGGAGCAGAACCUUUAG